GGAAGUGCCGGACCGGAAGUUGCGCCAUCCCCGGCCCUGGAGGUGCCGGGCCAGCGCGGAGCUGUUGAGCGCUGCUGCUAUGGCUUCCACCGGGGUGGCCGUCAGCGCUGCCGGUCCGGCUAACGAAGCCCCCGAGAUUCCAGACAACGUGGGAGACUGGCUCCGGGGCGUCUACCGCUUCGCCACCGAUAGGAAUGACUUCCGGAGGAACUUGAUCCUCAAUUUGGGACUCUUUGCUGCGGGAGUUUGGCUGGCCAGGAACUUGAGUGACAUUGAUCUGAUGGCACCGCAGCCGGGAGUAUAAUAACCAAGUAGACAAUCGGAAUUCCUGUGCUGUACCCAAACUUUCCAAAACAGAGUAUCAUUUAUGACCACUACAAGAUAAUGCUUGUUGGCCGCCGAAGUUCCUCCUGCCUUGUCUAAUACUGAAGUGUUGUCUUGGUUCUGUGAAAGUUAUGUACAUAGUUGAGAUGUUUCUGCAGGGAGAUGAUCUUUGCUCAUGUCCUAAGGAAUUAAGAAUGGUGUUAUAGCGAAUAUUUGAAAUAAAGACUGUACACAGAGA